UAACCAACACAACACUCUCAAAUCAAAUCAUAAAAACAAAACGGUAAUUUAAUUUAACGACGCUUCCGCGGUACCGUCCCCGUUACUUAAAACCGUGUAAAACCCCCAACCACCGCCUCCUUCUUCUAAAUUUUCAGAUCUACCCUUUUUCUUUUCUCCCGUUCUCUUUCGCUCUAGCUCUUCGAUGGCUUCCCCGGUUGUUGCCGCCGCCGCGAGGAGCGAACCGCCGCCGCGGUCGGUGGAUCCUUCGCCGUUGUCCUCCCCCGACGUCGGUGAUCGGAGCGAUUCGUUCAAUUCCUCGGCGAACAACUUCUCCGAUAACGAAGUUCAGUUGGCGACUCCGGACGCAUUGAAGAGCGAAGAGUAUCGUCAAUUGUUCCAUCUCCCCCCUGAGGAAGUCCUUAUUGAAGAUUUUAACUGUGCCAUCCAGGAAAACUUACUUAUUCAGGGUCAUAUGUAUCUCUUUGUCAACUUCAUUUGUUUCUACUCAAACAUAUUUGGAUAUGAGACAAAGAAAGUAAUCCCAUUACCUGAAGUCACUAGUGUAAGGAGGGCAAAGACAGCUGGGAUAUUUCCCAAUGCCAUUGAAAUUCAUGCUGGAAACAGGAAGCACUUCUUCGCAUCCUUCCUAUCACGUGAUGAAGCUUUUAAGAUUAUUAAUGAUGGAUGGUCACGACACAGCAAUGGAGCCAUAAUCAUGGAGCAGAAGGAGGCAAUGUCUGAGUUCAACAGCCAAGAUAAUGGAAUUGUAGCUGUUGAAAAUGUCAAAAGUUCUGAUAUACCUGACAAUGCAUCACUCCCCACUGACCUGAGCAAAGAUGCAGGGUCUCCAUCCAUUGUAGGAGACAUCCCUGUAUUGGGGGGGGAUUCAGAGAUGGAACAACAGGUUGGUGAACUUGAAUUGAAUAAUGAUGCUCCAAGUGAGAGUUGGAAUUGGAACGAGGAGGAUAUUGAUGCCCCAUCAAUUGAUGAAGCAUUUACAUGCGUUGCAGAAGCAGUGUUUCCGAUAAAGGUUGAAGACUUCUUUAGGUACUUUUUCUCAGAUGAUGCUGUAAAUUUUCUUGAGUCUUUUCACAAAAAAUGUGGUGAUAAAGACUUUAAGUGUGGUUCGUGGCAUCCUCAGGAGAAAUUUGGGUAUGCUCGUGAACUGUCAUUUCAACAUCCAAUAAAAAUUUAUCUUGGAGCGAAAUUUGGUGGCUGCAAUGAGGUCCAGAAAUUUCGUAUUUAUAAGAACAGUCAUUUGGUUAUAGAGACAUCUCAAGAAGUCAGUGAUGUACCUUAUGCAGAUUAUUUCCGUGUUGAGGGGCUGUGGAGUGUAGAUAGAGACAAGGAUGAAUCCAAAGAAUGCUGCAUCAUGCGCGUAUAUGUGAAUGUGGCAUUUUCUAAAAAAACUAUUUGGAAAGGCAAAAUUGUACAAUCAACAAUUGAAGAAUGUCGAGAUGCUUAUGCGACAUGGAUGAACAUGGCACAUGAAAGGUUGAAGGAGAAGAACCUUGAAAAACAAGAUCAAAACGGUGAAAUAAAUUUAGAUAGAGAAGUGAAGACGGGAGAAUCUUCAGAAGGAUCACAGGAACAAAGUAACCCUACAAAGAUACUACCUACAUGCAAUGCCUUGGAUGCUACUACUACUACCCACAAUGUUGGCUCUCACUUGCAAGGGCAUUUAGCUGAACCAUCAUCUGUUCCAUUGUUCAUACAGCUUAUGACAAAGUUCAGAUCAUCCUUGAAAAGUCAAAGCAAUCUUUCUCUGCUUCUUGUUACUAUUAUCGCCCUGAUUUUCUUCAUUCAGCAGUUUAGCAUACUUUUGCUAUUGGCAAGACCUCAACACAUACAUAUGAACACUCCUGUAGACUUCAUGAAUACUAUGAACAAUGACAUGACUAGAAAUCCUUCAGACAUAGCAUGGAUGGAGAAAAGAAUCCAUCACCUUAAAGAUGAGAUGUACAUGGUUGAGAGUAGGCUUGAAAGGAUGCGGUAUGAACAUUCACUUUUAAAAAAACAACUAAAGGAUCUAGAACAACACAAGUAGCUACCAAAUUUCAUCGGUGAAUUAUAAUAUAUCUCUCUCCAUAACAUCCUUUUGUAUAUAUGCAUGUGUUAUAUGGAUAUGACAUUUAAUUUGGUAAAUUCAUUCUUCCUUGUUGUAAAUGAGGACGUUGUGUUCUACCCAGAGUAAAAAAAAUAAUGUUACUUAUGGGUUGUUUGCCAGCAUCCAAAAAUAAGAUUAAUGCAAUGUAUCAUUAUUAUAAUUUUAA